AAGAACACGACCGCGCGCUAGCAAGUUUUUUUUUUCAAUGAAUCGUGAAAUUCGUGAACAGCAAGUUGUGUAACUUUCCUUGUUAAUCAGUGCAAUUGGUUUAAAAAUUAUUCAAAACCCGCAACAAAGCUUCUUUGAAGUGUGACUAAUGCAUUCGGAUCUCUCCGCUCAUCUCCACACGCCAGAGUGCAAUCAGCUGAUUGAUUUGUUGAAAAAUUGCCACGAAGAGAACAAGUUUGCCAAAUUCAUCGGCGUGUGCAACACCAUCGACCAGCAGGUCGUCAACUGCCUGCGCGGCGAACGGCGCGAGCGAAGUCGCGUGAACCGGCAACAGGCCGCGGAGAAGCAACGCCGCGUCCAGGAACGGAUGAAGCAGUUCGACCAGCAGGAACCCAAAUCGAACUAACAUGAGCGCCACCGAUCUGGAAGGCUACUACCUCCGCGAGGAACCGCAAACCAUCUGCGGCCAGACGGUUUCCUCCAUCGUGGAUGACUACGUUCCGGACUACCCGUCCACCGUGGACCGAUUCUUCACGCGGUACUACUACGAACACCCCGUGGACAAGGACCGCCAGGAGCCGCACCUGGUGCUGUUUCACUCGAACCGGAUCUGCCUGAUCCAGCUUGCCCCGGAGCACGUGGCCUUCCGGCUGGGCAUCAAGUCGGUCUCGUUCGAGGUGGGUAAAAUUGACCGCAGCCAGAACCACGUCAGUGGGAAGAAGAAAAGCGGCGGCAUGAUCGUGCAGGCCGAUUCGACGCUGGCGUUGGUCACGUGCAACGACGAGAGCGUGUUUAAGGUGCGCGGAUGCGUCCAGGGAAAGCUCGUCGAGGUCAAUCAACGGGUCGUGCAGGACGUGGGACUGCUGGGGCGUGAAGGGGACGGUUUCAUUGCGGUGGUCAUGCCUAAGCCGGAACAGUGCGAGGCCAUCAAGGGGAAGCUGAUGACGCGGGAGGAGUUUCCGGGAGGGAAAACUGUUGGUGAAUAGAAGACAUUUUGAUCGCUGCUGAUCGUUGA